CACAGGACAACCAGAAGUAAGACUGGGAAUACCAAUAGGAGGCUUUUCCCUUGGAAGUAAGAAAGGAGGAGCUCCAGCACAGAAGCUUUGCUGCAGAGGCCAUGGGCUGCUGGAAGCAAGAGAAGACCAGCACCUGGUUUUUUCCCACCCUGAUCCUCUGCCUCUAUGGAUUCUUCUACAUGAUGAAACCAUCAGAACCUUUCCUAACACCCUAUCUAACAGGACCAGAUAAAAACCUGACCACAGAUGAGGUUACCAACCAGAUUUUUCCAGUCUGGACAUACUCCUACCUGGCUCUCCUUUUCCCAGUGUUCCUGCUCACAGACUACGUGCGCUACAAGCCCGUCCUCCUCCUGCAGGGCCUCAGCCUCAUCGUCACGUGGCUGCUGCUGCUCUUUGCACAUGGAGUGGUGGCCAUGCAGCUGGUGGAAUUCUUCUACGGCAUGGUCACAGCCACCGAGGUGGCCUAUUACGCCUACAUCUACAGCGUGGUCAGCAGCCAACACUACCAGAGGGUCACCAGCUACUGCAGGAGCGUCACUCUGGUGGCAGCCACCGUGGCCGCCGUGCUGGGACAGCUGCUGGUGUCCUUAGCAGGCGUCUCCUACUUCCACCUCAACGCCGUCAGCUUGGCUUCCGUGUGCCUGGCGUUCGUGUGCGCGCUGUUCCUGCCCACGCCCCAGAGGAGCAUGUUCUUCCACAGGAAAGAUGGCCCUGAGCCUGUGCCAGGGCCUGGCAAAGGGCUGGCCGUGGGCACUGCCCCCAGGCCCCAGAGCUGCCAAGAGGAAAGGAGCCCUGAUGCUGCUGCCGGGGCCCCGAGCCCCCAGCCCCAGGCCGGCAGGGCCGGGCCCCGCAGGCACCUGCUGGGCGUGCUGCUGCAGCUGGGCAGGGACCUGAGGCACUGCUACGGCUCCCGCAAGCUCCUCUGCUGGUCCCUGUGGUGGGCUCUGGCCACGGCCGGCUUCAACCAGGUGGUGAAUUAUGUGCAGGUGCUGUGGGACUUGCGAGCCCCCUCGCACAGCUCCGCAGUGUACAAUGGAGCUGUGGAAGCCAUAGCAACAUUUCUGAGCUCAGUAACAUCUUUCCUGGUACAAUAUAUGCAGAUUGACUGGGACCAUUUUGGAGAACUGGCUUUAGGGAUCUUCUCUGCAAUAGAUGCAGGUUGUCUGUUUCUCAUGCAUUUCUCUACCAGCAUCUGGGUAUGUUAUGCUGGAUAUCUCAUUUUCAAGGCAUGCUAUGUGCUCCUCCUGACAAUAGCAACGUUCCAGAUCGCCAUCAAUCUGAGCAUGGAGCGCUAUGCCCUGAUGUUUGGAUUCAACAACUUCAUUGCCCUGCUCAUCCAGACCAUUCUCACAAUAGUUGUUGUAGAUUCAAGAGGCCUGGGACUGGACGUAGUGACUCAAUUUUUAAUUUAUGGCAGCUACUUCGCAGUCAUACAUGGGAUUUUCAUGAUCAGAAGCAUUUGUGUGCUGGUCUCACGCAAAUGCCAAAGGAAAAUAGUGAGAUCUUGCACGGAGCAGCUGAACCAGGCUGAGCACGAGUCAAGAGAGCAGAUUGUCACAAGCUACAUGACACGGCUGUAGGAGGCAGGCAGGCUGGAGAAGGGCUUCUCCUGGGAGAAGGGCUCCCAGCAGGGAAGAAGAGCAGCAUGCAGGGAACAGCAGUGCAAGAAGAACGUUCAACUGAGCCCUGAAAAGCUACGCUGAAUCAUUCCAGCACUUCAGCACAACAUAUGCCAGCAGAGAGCUCACCAGAAUGGCGCUGUGCCAAGAAUAAAAGAUAAGUUUCUUUAGAUUCUUAUUUACAUGUAUAUAAAUAGCUUAAGGGCAGUAAGUUAUACACAGAAUCAGAGCAACCACCUUUGCCUCCCCACAUGCAUGAUGGCAGAGAGCAGAGUUCACCCUGCCUUGCUCAUUGUAGCUCCUGAAUGUGGUGCUGGCAAAGCUGCUUCUGUCACAUUUGCUGAUGCAGUGGCUGAGGGUGUGACUCCCCUUUGCACAGACCUUGUUCUGAACCAAGGAAGAAAAGAUCAUGUUUGCAUCAUUCUAUUCUUUCAUACCCACUACAGGCAGAUGGGGGACAGGCUCCUCCUGUCUCACCCACAGCUCAGUGCACACAGGCUGCAGAAAGCUGGGCUUGCACAACCUGUCCUGGGAGCUUCACUGCGGCACUGCAACAUCACAGUUAUUGCUUGGCCCACAUUUGAGAGCUACAAACACUGUGCUGACUUCACAGCAACCUCUGCCGAGAAGGGAAUAAUUCCAGAGUCCAAGCAAAGGCAAGAGCACCUUUGUGCUUCCAGUAAAAUUAAACUCAGGACUGACUAUCUUCCUCUUUCAGCAGGAAAAAAAUAAUAUGAAAGGGCUUAAGUAGCACAGAUUAAAACCAGAGAAGGACAUUGUGGAGAAAUUUAGCUGAUUCCACAGAGGAAAAUUCCAGAUUAACAGGAAUAUCCAAGAUUUAUAACUGAAACAAACAGUGAGCAUCAUGUGUGUUUUUGAGUGCCAAGUGAGGGAGGUCCACUGAUCUUGGCCAAGAAUUUGGCAGGAUCAGCCAAACUCAUGUCAAGAAGCUCCAAGUCCUACAGCUAAUUUUGUCCAAAGGACAGUCCAGGAGAAGAAAAAAGACACUAGAAAUGAGUUUGCAUAGUGAAUGUCUAAUUUAAUAUGAACCAUAUCCAUAUGCUGAAGUUAUUUCUGUACUGCUGUUUGCUUCUAGCUUCCAAUAUCUACAUCUAACUAAUAAAAACCACUUAGCAUUUACAGAAUAUUUUUCCUGUAGAGACACAAGCCAUCAUUUGUACAGAGAUACCAGCUUUUCAUACCACUGUCACACACUGCAAUACAGACAAAGUGCCCAGAGGCAAGGACAGGACUGAAGCAAUUUGUUUCAAGUCACAAGAAGAAUCAGUAGGAUCUGACAAAAUGAACCUGGCUAAUUUUUUAGGCCUUUUGUUUACUACUGUGCAUUGUGGGGACAUUGUCUGUUUUAAACUGGCUCUAAGCAGAACAGUUUAAUCAUUACAGUCAUAAAAAUAGGAGAUGCACUUAGUCUCCAGUGUCAGUUCAUUUCUUACUGCAGAACUGAGGGCAUGAUGCUCCUGCCUGAAGAAACAGGGACAGAAUCCAGGAGAGUAAGGACUAUUUUUCUCUUCUCCCUUGUGAGUAGCAAUCUUCUUUUGAGGCAUUCAGUUUAGAACUAGAUGUCAGUCCCAGACUAGAAGUUAACAAGAGCUUGUGUUUAAAUCAAAAAGAGGAACUUCAUAUUUUCACUUCCAUUCUUACAUUCUGGCUAGAGCUAACUGCUCUCUGUGUCUGUAGGAUGCCACUGAGGAGCAAAGGACUGAGCAGACACAGUGUAUUUGGCUUGCAGCUUUAGAGAAAACCAUCUUCAGAAAACAGAUAAGACUUCAAAGAAAAAAUCCAUUCCUAUUCUCUCUAAUCUCCAAAAUAAUGAUUCUGAGGUUGGAAGUUGGCAGGAAGCAUUAUGGGGGUGUUAGGA